AUGGACGAGGUCUGCGUGAGAAAGCGUGUGCUGAUACAAGCUAUAGGCGGCAAUGAACGAUCAUCCUCGCCAUUUUGGCGCACGCGACCUUCAGUAGACCGUCAGCCUUCAGGCAAAUCGACUAAGGUCAUCGGCGCGUCGUAUUCCCACGCCGAUAUGCUCAAAUUUGACUCUUUGUCCCUUGGGUCCAACUCACGCCCACGCACACCACCAACGACUUCGUCCCGAGCCUCGCCCGCUCCUUCGCAAGACCGCAGGUUCCAGUCGCCAGAAACCAAACCCUACAGUGGCCUGGGCACAUCGUCGCUAGGUAGCUGGGAUGUGAUCAACUCACCGGACGAUGGGGACGAUAUUACCUAUAACGACGAAGAUGAGGACGAGUUCGGGUUGCCUAGCUUGGAAAGUAUGCGCAAAAAGCGAGGCACGAAGAGUCCAGCGAUGCCGGGAAUUUCACCUCAAGUAAGCAACAACACAAAACUUGGCCCUUCGCCACUACCGCAGCAUCAUCGGUCGAAUAGCUUUGACAUUGCGGAGGAGCGAAACCCGCUAUCGUACCCCAGUGCAAAGAAAGGCGAGGGCAAGAUCUUGCGUCCGCAGUACAAGGAGCUGUUGAAGGACCCUGCCAACUCUUUACACCUUAUUGACCAUCCUUCGCUGCCCCAAGGUGCUGAUGCCAAAGCUGCAGAGGCCCACAGCACCCGCAUUUCCCGCAUCAACAAAUUCAAGCGUAUACUGCAAUCAAGCUCAGUAUCUAUGCCCGAGAUCCGAGCUGCAGCCUGGUCGGGUGUGCCAGAUGAAGUUCGUGUUAUGACAUGGCAAAUACUACUUGGUUAUCUGCCUGUUAACAGCGAACGUAGGGUGGCGACAUUGGAAAGGAAGCGCAAAGACUAUCUAGACGCUGUCAGGCAGUCUUUUGGCGGAGGCUCCAGCGCCACGAAGAACGGAACGGAAUCCGGCUUAGCUGGAAUGGCUUCAAACCCCCCUGUCACUACAGGGCGAGGUCGUGGACUUGAUGAAGCCAUAUGGCACCAGAUCAGCAUUGAUAUUCCCAGAACAUGUCCGCAUAUACCCCUUUACAGCUACGAGGCUACGCAACGGUCCCUGGAACGAAUAUUGUAUGUUUGGGCAAUCCGACAUCCGGCGAGCGGCUACGUGCAAGGCAUCAAUGAUCUCGCGACGCCGUUCUGGCAGGUUUUCCUCGGCAUGUACAUCACAGACCUUAACAUUGAGAGUGGCAUGGAUCCCGGACAACUUCCCCGACCCGUGCUUGAUGCGGUGGAGGCCGAUACGUACUGGUGUCUGACGAAGCUGUUGGAUGGCAUUCAGGACAACUACAUUGUGGGACAGCCAGGCAUACAUCGUCAGGUCGCGGCACUUCGCGAUCUCACCACCAGGAUAGAUGCCGGACUAGCUAAACAUUUUGAAAGUGAGAGCGUGGAGUAUAUGCAAUUCAGCUUCCGGUGGAUGAAUUGCUUGCUGAUGCGGGAGCUGACUAUCCGGAAUGUGGUCCGGAUGUGGGACACCUACAUGGCUGAGGAAAAUGGCUUCUCCCAAUUCCACCUCUAUGUCUGCGCUGCAUUCCUGGUCAAGUGGUCUGAUCAGCUCUUGAAAAUGAAUUUUCAAGAGAUCUUGAUGUUCCUGCAGGCACUGCCGACGAGAGAAUGGACGAACAAAGAUGUUGAGUUGUUAUUGUCGGAAGCGUUCAUCUGGCAAAGCCUUUUCCAUAAGAGCAAAGCUCAUCUUAGGGGCAGUAGCUCUAAUGAGAUGCGGAUGGGGGGUCUCGGUCCGCCCGGGUAA